UGCACCUCUUCCGUACGUCGGUUUUUACGUAAUGGACAGCUCCCCGGAUGCGGCUGUGAUUGACUACACCAGGCAAAAAGAGAUCGAAAGCCGAGUGGCGGUGCUGCAGCCCCAGUGGUCGUAGGCAGGAUGCAGACCAUAAAGUGCGUGGUGGUGGGAGAUGGGGCAGUGGGUAAAACGUGCCUUCUCAUCUCUUACACAACCAAUGCCUUCCCAGAAGAGUACAUCCCCACAGUGUUCGACAACUAUAGCGCUCAGAUGAGCGUGGAUGGUCGCACCGUCAGCCUCAACUUGUGGGACACGGCAGGCCAGGAGGAGUAUGAUCGCCUGCGCACCCUUUCCUAUCCCCAGACCAACGUCUUCAUCAUAUGUUUUUCCAUUGGUAGCCCCUCCUCCCAUGCCAAUGUAAGGCACAAGUGGCACCCCGAGGUGUCCCACCACUGCCCCAACGUGCCCAUCCUGCUGGUGGGCACCAAGAAAGACCUGAGAGGUGACGCCGAAACGGUGAAGAAGUUAAAGGAGCAGGGUCUAGCCCCGACUACCCAGCAGCAGGGCAAUGGCCUGGCCAAGCAGAUCGAGGCUGUUAAGUAUAUGGAGUGUUCCGCGCUGCUCCAGGAUGGCGUCAGGGAGGUGUUCGCUGAAGCUGUGAGGGCAGUGUUGUAUCCAGUCACGAAAAAGAAACCCAAGAAGUGUGUGAUCUUGUAAUAAAUGGUUCCCAGGUUUUGGACUGUGGAGAAGGAUGAUGGAGAUCCACAGAUGCAAAGGAAGGCUGAUGAACAAAGGACGCCAUCCCACUGCCUCCAUACAUAUUCCUCCGGCAGUUUUCAGCUCCUCUGUUACUCUUCUCUUCUGUAUUCAUCUCCUGGAGGAUCUCACUGUGUUGCCAUCAUCACCAAAGUGACUAUGCCCAAAUGGGGCGACAGGCCGUAUCUCCUCUAUUUUUCUUACUUUUUAACUUUUGAUAUUUACACAUUUUCAAUUUUACUUCUGUUCUAGAUUUAUAGCUCCUCUGCUUUGCCUUAUAAAAAUGCUGAUCAUGGUUGCCACAAGCCAUAAUAACUUCCAAACCAACCAAUCAAGCUACCCUGUUUGACUGGAGAGAAGAGAUCUGCCUUCGUUCAGGUGGAGAACUAAUGACUACCUCAAAUUCUCACCUAGGUUGCAUCUCACGAGUCUCGAGCAAUAAUGCCAUCAGAAUGCUACGACUUUCCUAUUUAGAUGUAAUGAACAGCCAAGUAAAAGGUGAACAAGUUUUUAAUUUCAAGCAGCUUGAGUCCAGACAAGGUGUUAUGACUCCUGGACAAAUGCCAGUACUCCUUAACCAAAUGCACAGAUUAAAGGUUAAAUUCCCUCGCUGCAAUUCUCCUUGUGCUCAGUCUGGCAUACGAGAGCUGCCUGGCAGGCUGCCCCUACCAGCCACUUGCACUGCUCUCUCAUUUCCCCGCAUGGAAGGGCCAAUAGGCCUUUUGAAGAUAAGCCGGACCCAUUAAAAGCAACCGACCAUUUGCCUUCUUCAGUAAUAGAGGAGCAGGUGUCAGAAGGCCUGUGUUAAUUUAACCCACACGGGUACACAAUUUCUAAAACUGACAUAGUCAGGAAGUCAGGUUGUAGUACAGCUCUCAUCUGUCUACGUCUUAACUCUUGAUGCUCACACUGAGCGCCAUUAAAAAAAACAUGCCUAAGAAUUACCCUGUGACCGGGUAGGGUCAAGUAGUGGUGUUUUGUCUAAUGAUGGUGAAUUUACUCUGUAAAUGAUUUUUUUUUUUUUUUUUUUUUUUUUUCCUCAGAUGUUUUUAACCUUCAAAUGCGGUUAUGGCCAAAGUUGAAUAUAUUUUUUUGUAAUAGCCUAUGUCUAUGUGAUCAGUAAGAUGUAUGUGUGCUGUAGUUAAUACUCAGAUUUGAUAAACCAAAACUCCGUAGUGCUUCCCUUGUCAGUUACAUUUUUGUCCUAGCAGGCUAUGACCACUGCAGAAUUGAUUCAGUAUAACAUAUAAUACCGGAACAUGUUCUAACUGGCUUACGCUAGGCUGUAUACUCUUAUCCUAUAUUGUCUUGAUUAGGUGAAUAUUUCAUCUUGGAAGAAACGGUGUCAGAGCUGCCUCGUUCACCAUCUAACGGCAGUUUAUCCACGUUAUAGAAGGAGCCUUUUAUUUGGUCAGGUGCCUUAUCUAAACCAAAGACCAUAGCAGCGCUCCUUUGUCAAACCCAACGGUUCUCAUUGUAGUGCUGCAAGUGCCACGAGACAGUCAAAAAGUACAGGUCCCACCAACUCUGAGUUUUACUUUUGUAACGUUUCGAAGCCCUGUGCCUCAGUUCCUGCCAGUAAACACAUUCUUCUUGCAGCAUUUUUUUUUUUUUUUUUUUUAAAGUAAGACACAGGUGCUGAACUGACAUCUUGCGCAGAAAGUCUGUGUGCAUUUGUAAAUGGAGCGACGGUGGCCCACAGCUCUUCAGAUUGUGGUUUACAUCCCUGCUCUGCAUAGUGCAGUGAGGCACAGACACAACAUGCACAUAACGGUUAGCGAGAGCUGCGUUGGUGGAACGCGCUUUGCCACGACUGAAGAUUUUUUAUACAUUUUUAUAAGAUAUAUUUUGUAAUGACUGGUUGCUCAUUUGUACUUUCAGCUGCCAGCAAUAAUAGCAACCCUUUUUACUAUAGUUAUUUACGGUCACGCUCUUGAGGGGAGUGUAUAAUAAGUCAAAUUCGAUUGUGGCCUGUGUAAAGGUUAGAAUAACUGAAGCGCAACACAAGAGGUUUUUGCGAGACAACAGUGCUGUGGUUUGAGAUCUGACAAAAGUGUGAAAUUGUCCCGGAUGGAUGUGUGGAGGGUUGAAUGUAAGUGCACAAUAAGUAAAACUGUCAUUAUUUUUUAUUUCAUUUUAUUAUUAUUUUUUUUUCCCGCCAUGUCCCAAAUUCACUCAGAUGAUGCUGUUAAAGUGGAACAUACACCUGUGGGCCCUCUGUGUCUGUGUCCUGGAGCUGUAUGCUACCGUGUGCGUGGUACUACGCUUUUACACUGGGAACUUGAUUUGUAGAGAUCUGUUUGUAAUUGUUUUAUAAAUAACAAAAGCAUAUUUGUAUAAAUGAACUAACAGUGAAAUGAUUUUAAAUUAUGCCAAAUAAAAUGGUGGUUAAAACCAGA